GGACGGAGAAGGGGGAGGGGCAUUCGGAGACGAAACGGUGCGAAGUGUACUUAGGAUACUUUUAUGUAAGGCUAAAAUUUUAGUCGAAUAUUCUAAAUAAUGCUCGAUAAUUGUUCGCUUAAGACAGAGACGUCGGUUCGGAAUAUCGAUUGUAGUUCGAUAUGGUUAAAGUACACGCCAGUUAUCUUCCUUCGUUGUUUAUCUUCCUCGUAAACCGACUAAACGGUACUGGUGCAAUCGUAUAAAUGGUCGGAAAACAAAUCAAAACUUCCUAUUUGACUCUAGGCAAUAAUUUAGAAAAACGGUUAACAUAUCUAUAGUCUCGUUACGAAGCUGUGAUAAGAGAAUAAAGAUCAAAAAGAAAGUGCAAAAUCACGUUUUGACUUUUUGCUCACCAAAUGUUGAAGUCAUUAUCAGUCGGAAUUUCGAAACUACGCUAUCAGAAAUUCGAUGCUUUUCGCAAUCAGAUAGUGGGUGUCGGAUAAUUAUGUUUUGAGUCGUUUUCUUUUAUAUUUUUUGUUUUGUUUUGCGCCAUUUCCAUUUGGUUGUAGUUUUAUAAUUUAAUGUUUAGAUACGUAUUCUGUUGUUUUUCGAUUUUGUAUGCGCUGGCCGUAAGUUUUAGUUUGGUUGGAAUUGUAAAGGCGUCUUCGGGUGAUCGCUCCGAUAUUUAUCAAAGUUGUUUGAAAUGGUGCACGGCGGAAAACUGCUCGGAUGCCGACAACAUUGCUCAUUUUGCCACACACCAGUCCUGGCAUCUGACGGUUCUUGGAUGGAAGUGCGACGACGAAUGCGAGUAUCAGUGCAUGUGGGAUGCUGUAUAUGAUUUUAGGAAAAGAAAACAGCCCAUUCCUCAGUUUCAUGGAAAGUGGCCCUUUAUUAGGAUUUUGGGCAUUCAGGAACCAGCUUCAGCAUUAUUUUCAGUUUUAAAUGGAUAUAGUCAUUAUUACAUGUGGCAAAAGUUUACACAGGCUGUUCCAAUAUCUUCUCCUAAUUAUGUGAUAUGGAAUAUUCAAGCAAUACUAUCUAUAAAUGCAUGGAUAUGGUCUACAGCCUUCCACACUAGGGAUACUCCAGCAACUGAAAAGUUAGAUUAUUUUUGUGCUUUCUCAAUAGUAUUGUAUGCAUUUUACUGCCUUGUAAUUAGAACAUUUAGAAACAACUAUGCAUGGUUGUCCAUCGUGGUCUCGGUGCCAUUUCUAGGAUACUUUUUCUACCAUAUCUACUAUUUAACUUUCAUACACUUUGAUUAUGGUUAUAAUAUGAAAGCCAACAUAUUUAUUGGUGUUACAAAUUCGAUAGGUUGGUUAUUCUGGUGUUAUAAGAAUAGAUACAAAAGAUAUGUUUGGAAAUGUGCCAUUUCAGUUGUAAUGGUUAAUAUAUUGUUGUUGUUGGAGCUUGGAGAUUUUCCUCCUUGGAAUUUUCUGCUUGAUGCUCAUGCCCUAUGGCAUCUCGGAACAAUACCUCUGCCUUUUUUUUGGUAUUGGUUCUUGAUCGAUGACUGCCUUUACGAGUUGGCGAACGAAUCAAAGAAGAAAUGAAGAUGAGCAGGCGUCGGAGGUCUAAUUGUGAUAAAGUGGAUGCAAUCUUCUAAUAAUUAUUUACAUUAUUAUUACUAUUUGGAAUCUUGUUAGCGGAAUUUACGGACGCGUGUUUAUCGUUGUUGUUUCGUCCCAAAUUUCCAAACGAUUUUCAACUUUAUAAGAUUUUUGUCAUCUUGUUAUUUACAUUGUUAAAUAUUCAGAUUUCCAAUUAAAGAAUAUUCUAAAACAUC